GAAAGACGAAGAGCCGCAGCAGCUAGCUGCACUACAGGCAGCGGGAUGUUGUGACCGCUACACACACGGAGAGAAGAACCGCCACGAUGUCUCCCCUUGUCCGGUUAAGAUGUUAAUAACGUUGUGCUACGUCUAUCUGUGGGUGCGCUUUCACAAGUGCUACUCGGUUUUGAUACGAAACAGCCUUUCCCGCCUGAGCAGCGGCAGCUUCGGCUUCAGCUUCGGGGUCUGCUCCAGCUCGGCCGCCGCUUCCCCGACCGGCCGCAACACAGCCGCGCUCCGGCGGCCCGGUGUGCUUCCGGCGGGGGACAACGUCUUCCUCCAGCUGGGAGACAAGGCCGUCUAUGUCACGCAGCCUCAGGCGUGCGGCGACCUCAGCAAGUGGACCGUGCUGUUGGGGUCCUCCUUGGUUUGCGGUCCGCGAAUAGAGAGCAUUUCGUUCAUCAUAGAAGCUGCGGGACACAGAGUGGGCUUCCGUUCUCCUCACACGUCCAAUAAGAAAGUGCUGAAGUGGUCUGACUACUGCCUCCCUCUGGCCCGUAGUCCCGGCCAGCCCUUCAGGGCCGUGGCUCAAGCCAGCGUGGACAACUUCAGUCUUCUGGGCGUGGCUUUUAUCGAAGAUCGCCUCCAGCUGGACAAUGGACUCGCGCCUUCAAAGAUAAUCCCUGUCCUCCUCCAAGAUUCCACCCUCAGCAAGCUGCUGCAGAAUCAGUGCCCCAACACCGAGACGCCACCUUGUCUCUGCGUCACUGAGCCUUUGCACCGUCACCCGUCCACCGACCACCAGCACCCGGCGGGCUGCAAAGGCAGCCUCCUCCUCACUCCGCAGGCCAGGAGGAGGCUGGAGGAGCGGCGGGGGUCAGAGCCGCUUUACGGCAUCAAAGGCCAGGGAGCCGUUUGUGACUCGGAGGACCGCUCCUUGGUGCACCAUCACCACAUGGAGGGCCACAGACACCUCCAUCUGUCCAGCUGCCACGAGUGCUUGGAGCUGGAGAACAGCACCAUCCUCUCGGUGAAGUACGCAUCGGCUGAGAACAUCCCGGACCUUCCCAAUGACGACUCCGCAGGGCUGGACAGCGGAGACGAGACUCUGGACGACCUUGAGCACGAGGCCGAAGGGUUGUCUGGGCAGAGCGAGGGACUGGACUGUCGUAACAAGCCACCCAAUGUUCUGCUGUACACGGGCGACUGCCAGCAGCGCUUUCAGUCAGUCCGGCAGAUUCUGUCCGAGUGCAUAAACAUGGAAGACAACAUAAUAUAUCCCCUCCAGCCAAAGCAGGCUCUCAGCGAACCUUGGCUGGACAACGCCAAGCUCCUCGUCCUGGCAGAAGAGGAGCCCCUGUCCCCCCAGCUGCAGACCCGCUUUCUCACCUACCUGAGCCAAGGCGGCAGGGUGCUGGGGCUCGCCUCCACCCUGUGCCCGGCGGGCCUCUGCCUGGAGGCCCGGCAGGAGCAGCGUGGCCGGGUGGGCAGGCUGAGCUUCACCAGAGAGGACAGCACAGAGCUGGAGCUGGGCGUGCUGUCCAGCGGGAAGGUCUACGUCAGGGACUCGCAGGGAGGCGGGGAGGUGGAGCUCUGGGGCGAGCUGAAAGGCGACGCUACGCAUCAGAGGGACAUGGUUGUAGUCAGGGUGACCCACGGAGAGGACGGAGGGGAGGCUGUCCUCUGUCAGGCCCACCUGGAAAUUGCUCCAGACCCCCAGAAUCUGACGGCCAAAAGUUUCAAUGAACUGAAAGUGAGCAACGCGCUGCGCUACGAGGUCUUGACGGAGAUCCUCUCCUCUCUGGGAAUAAGCUGCGAGCUGAACCAGACUCCAGUCCCGAGCCCAGUCCACCUACUGGCCUCCUCUCCGGAGGCCCGGACCACCUGCGUGGACUGGCUGCGGACACGUGCCGAUAAAAAUGGCCUCCUCGCGUUGCCCAAGGCCUCGCUCUCCUUGGUAUCCACCUCAGGGCUCCAGGAAGGCCCUUCGCUCCCCGAGGGCUCCGUGGCCCUGGUCACCGACUCUUUAGAGUCCCAGAGCUGGCCUCAGUUCAGCAUGGAGACCUACAGAAAGCACCUGAAGACCAGCCUGCUGGGGCACACCGUGCUGUACGCCGAGGUCACUACGUCCACCAUGGACCUGCUGCAAGGUCUGACUCUUCACUUGCCAAAGGAUGCGGGUCUGAUAGCUGUCUCUGCUCGACAAACCCAGGGCAGAGGUCGGGGCGGGAAUGCAUGGCUCAGCCCUCCGGGUUGCGCCAUGUUCACUCUGGCGCUCCAGGUGGAGCUGAGCUCCAGGCUCGGACAGAGGAUCCCCUUCUUACAGCAUCUGGCCGCUCUGGCGGCGGUCGAGGCAGUCCGCACUCUUCCUGGAUACCAGGACAUAGACUUGAGGGUGAAGUGGCCCAAUGACAUCUACUAUAGUAACCUGAUGAAGCUCGGUGGUGUACUGGUGACUUCCACUGUUAUAGGAUCAACCUUUCACCUGCUGAUAGGCUGUGGGUUCAACGUGACAAACAGCAACCCCACGGUGUGCAUCAAUGACCUGAUCCAGCAGCACAACACGCAAAAUAACUGCAGCCUGCAGCCGCUCCGCUGCGACCAGCUCAUCGCUCGCACGCUCGGCUGCCUGGAGGCCCUUAUCGCCAGCUUCCAGCGGGGGGGCCCGGAUGCCGUCCUGCCCACCUACUACAAACGAUGGCUUCACAGCGGGACCCGGGUGCGUCUCUGGAGCGAGGACGGACUGGAGGCCGAGGUGGUGGGCCUGGACCACAACGGCUUCCUCCAGGUGCACAGCAAGGAGCAGGGCGUGGUCUCCGUGGAGCCCGACGGCAACUCCUUCGACAUGCUGAAGAACCUGGUGGUCAUCAAGCAGCGUUAGGGCCACAUCCAGCAUCUCCUCCAUCAGACUGAAGGACUGGCUUGUUAUUUAAUCUAACUGCAUACAUAUGUCUGUGUUGUACAAUUGGGUAUUGGUUAGCUUUGUGUGCUAACCUGACGUCCACGGGAGCUAGUUGGGGGGAUUCCCCCCCAAAGACAAACUGACUGACACUGGGUUUUAAGGCUGCGAGGUGCCUCAGAUUAAUCUUAGUAUAUCCUGCUGAUUGGGGACCACUAAUUCAAACCAGCAUCAACACAAUAUGACUUGUACGACUUUCUGUGAGCAAUAAAUCCUUUAACCCUCAUCUGAACAGCUAAACAGAUUUUGUUGUUGCUAAUGUCUGAAAAAUAAACAUUUCCACAGAAAUACGUUGCUGGUGUCUUUUAACUAAGAAGCCUCUGCUGAACUAUCCGGUCUACAAAACCACUAUUGUCAAUGAAGUUACAGCGGUACAUCAUAGUGAUGUGCCGCAGUAUCUUACUAAACUAAUUUGAAAAAGAUUAAGGUGGGAGCUUUUAGAUUUUAAGUUAUGUUUAGAAUUCUGUCCUUUUUACUUAAAGAACAUAUUUUAAAAACGUCUUUAUAAACCAAUUGGAGGGUGUUUUACACACUU